UCUAAUGAAAAUUAUAAUUAUAAAUUAAAUUUUUUUGAUUUUUUUUUAUAAAAAAGUGUAUUGCUUUCAAAUAUGCUCAGUUCCAAAGAAGGGACAAUGAUUUUGAAUUCUGAAAUAUAGUGUUCAGGAAAAAACACCCUGUAUAUUGAAUAGUGAAUAUUCUUUAUUUGUUAACUCUAAAUAGUUUUUUUUAUCAAGAAUUUAUCUGAAAUGUUUAUAAAAAUAUAUAAACCCCGGAAAUACUAUCCGAAUAAAUCAGGAAAAAAUACUUCUAUCCUCCCCACCGAUCCCACCCCCCUGGUAUUUCCAUUCCCAUUUUUACUGUAGUGGUUUUUUUAUUUAUGGGUUAUUCACAGUUAUUCAUUGUUUUACAAUGGCUUUAUGUUAAUGAGGGAAAAGGGAUUUCCCAAAUGUUCCACAAUAAUUAUUAAUGAUGACAUUUAAUAAACCGCCCACAAUUUCUUGUGCAUUCAUAUAAAAAAAUGGAAAAAGGACGCUUCUCUUUGUUGGUGCUUGAGCCUGGAGAAAUUUAUUUCGAAGAUUUUAGCGCCUGCCUUAUUCCCUCCGAUACUACCACCAGUAAUUAUGAAUUGAAAAAACAGCAGGGAAGGUUACGGAUGUGCUCGAAAUCCCUAGUAUUCGAACCGCACGACUUAAACAAACCGCUCAUAAAAAUACCGCUGAAGGAGUGCACCAUACUGGAGCAGUUUAAAGGCAAAGCGAAGUUUUUGAAUAAAAGCAAAAAUGUUUUAAGCGUCAGCACUAAACUGUACAUUGAAAUGUUUGAGGGCAACAUUAUUGAACCGUAUAAGUUUUGCGGCUUUUCGAGGUUCCUAUUUUUGUUAAACUAUGCGAAUAUCAUGGAUUGUUUGCCGAGAAUUACACAGCUCCAACGAGCAAGUACUUUACCUGCUGGGGAACAAGCUGACAUGAUUGCCACGAUUGUGCAUUCUAGACAGGCACGAGUUCGUUUCGACCCUCUCUGGUUAGAUUUAUAUGAAAAGGUUGUAAUGGAGACGCAAGCAGAUAAGGUGACUCCUUUAGUAUUAAAUCCUGGGCGUAUUUUAUUAUCUUCGGCAAGAUUAUUCUUCCAGCCCUACAAUAAUAUUGAAACAUAUCCGGUAUUAAAGAUUAAUCUUAGCAGUAUUAGACAAAUAAUUAAACGACGAUUCUUAUUAAGGCAUAUAGGUUUAGAAAUUUAUUCAAGUGAAAACAAUACAAUUCCGUACAUUUAUUUUGCAUUCCGAUCACCGGCCGACCGGGAUAAAUUGUAUGACAAUUUAUUACAGCAGUCUGAUUUGAAAUUAUCUAAAAUUGAGCAAGAUGUAAUGACAUUGCAGUGGCAAAAUGGAUAUGUGUCCAAUUAUGAUUAUUUGCUCUAUAUUAAUAGUUUAGCUGAUCGAACAAUUAACGACUUAACGCAAUAUCCAGUAUUUCCGUGGGUAGUAGCAGAUUACAAAAGUAAAACUUUAGACUUAAACAAUCCCGAAACAUAUCGUGACUUAUCAAAACCAAUUGGCGCAUUAAACGCGGACCGACUACAAAAACUAAUGGAACGAUUCGAGGAAAUGUCCUUUCCAAAAUUCAUUUACGGUUCUCACUAUUCCACGCCGGCAUUCGUUUUAUUUUACUUAGUACGUUUCUAUCCGCACUAUGUGCUUUGCCUUCAGAAUGGAAGAUUUGAUCAUCCAGAUCGUAUGUUUAACUCUUGCGAGGACGUCUAUAGGAAUUGCCUAACGAAUAUGUCCGACUUCAAGGAGUUAAUACCCGAGUUUUACGAUGUCGAGCAAGGCGGCGAGUUUUUGGUAAAUAGCAUGGGAAUUAAUUUGGGAGUACGAUUUGACGGCAGUAAAGUUGGAGACGUGCAAUUGCCGCCGUGGGCUAAUAGUCCAAAACAUUUCAUUAGAGCGUUGAGAGACGCGCUAGAAUCGGACUACGUUUCCGAACGCUUGCAUUUGUGGAUUGAUCUCAUUUUUGGUUUCAAACAACGAGGAGAUGAAGCGGAAGAAGCUAAAAAUUUAUUUUAUUAUUUGUGUUACGAGGGAAGCGUCGAUUUGGAUUCGAUUGGAGAUCUAAAUAAAAGACGAGCUUUAGAGGUUCAAAUAAUGGAAUUUGGCCAGAUUCCAAAGCAGUUGUUCAAAGUUCCUCAUCCGCAGAGAAAGGUUAAAGGUCCGAUGUUGAGGGUACCGUCUGUCGAUAAAGAAUCAGAAAAGGUAAAUGAAGAUUCAACAAGUGUAUGGAAAUCUGUAACAUCUUUAAAUUUGGAGUCAACAUUCAACACUCAUAAAGACUCGGUCAGUGCACUUUUAAUAACAGACGACAACAAUCAAAUUAUGUCGGUCGGAUACGAUGGAAAAUUUAAAGUGUUUUCCAUUUCGCAAAAGCGGCAGAUACGAAGUGCCAAUAUUGGAAACAUGCCUUUAAGUAGUAUAAUCCAACUUCCGAACACAAACGUAGUUGUGAUUGGCAGUUUCGACAAUAACAUAGUUUUGUACGAUUUGGAUUUCGGAAAAGUAAUUCAAACUGUAAUGGCCCAUGAAGAUUCUGUGACGUGUUUAGCGUGGGGGAACGAAUUGAAGUUGCUUGCGUCUGGAAGUAGUGAUUGUACUGUUAAGAUUUGGAGAAGUUUUGCUAAUAGUGACGUAAUUAAACCCAUGCAAUGUCUUGAGAGCCAGCUGGAUCAUAAUUCGCAGUUGACAUGUUUGUGUUUCAGUCCGGAUAACAGUUUGUUAGCAACAGCAACUGAUGAUGGCGAAAUUUACUUGUGGUCUAUAUCAACUAAUUUAUUGCGUAAGAAGUUCGUACUUCACAGUGGUGCUGUGAAGGCAAUUAGUUUUAGUCCAGAUGGACAAAAGCUAGUUUCUUGUGGAUCUGAUAAAGUAUUUCAAGUCGUUGAUAUCGAGACUAGUAUGGCAUUAUAUAGUAAAACAUUACCAUCAGUAUUGGUUUCUUUAAAGUGGCAAAAUUUCAUGUUAUUAUUAGGUUCGGCAGAUGGUAUUAUAUAUAUAUGGGAUAUAGUUGAGGUGAAAUUGUUACAUCAAGAGAAAGCACAUACCGGCGCAGUAAAUGUUGUGGACAUCGCCUCUGAGCAAUCAUUUGUUGUAACAGGUGGAGAAGAUCACACGAUCAAAAUUUGGAAGCCUGUAUAACAAGGCGAUUGUUUGUGAUUUAAAAUGUGACGAAACUAUUGUGAUUUCUAUUUAAAUGAACUUAUAUUUUUAAUAUACGAAAUAUUCUUUUAGUA